UUCUGUGCCGCCCUCGUGAGCCACCAUGGGGCUGCCACUAGCUCGCCUGGUGGCUGUGUGCCUAGUCCUGGCCUUAGCCAAGGGCUCGGAGCUCCAGACAGAAGCCAGAUCCCGAAACCAUGUCUGCAGCACCUGGGGUGACUUCCACUACAAGACUUUUGAUGGCGAUGUCUUCCGAUUCCCUGGCCUCUGUGAUUAUAACUUUGCUUCUGACUGCCGAGACUCCUACAAGGAAUUUGCUGUGCACCUGAAGCGGGGCUUGGGCGAGGCUGGGGGUCACCCCCAGAUAGAGUCAGUCCUGAUCACCAUUAAGGAUGACACCAUCUACCUCACCCACAAGCUGGCAGUGGUGAACGGGGCCAUGGUCAGCACCCCACACUACAGCUCCGGGCUGCUCAUUGAGAAGAACGACGCCUACACCAAGAUCUACUCCCGUGCCGGCCUCUCCCUCAUGUGGAACCGGGAAGAUGCACUCAUGGUGGAGCUGGACAGCCGGUUCCAGAACCACACCUGUGGUCUCUGUGGGGACUUCAAUGGCAUGCAGACCAAUUAUGAGUUCCUCUCUGACGGCAUAUACUUCAGUGCCAUUGAGUUUGGGAACAUGCAGAAGAUCAACAAACCUGAGGUUGAAUGUGAGGACCCUGAGGCGGUACAAGAUCCGGAGUCCUGCUCUGUACACCGAGCUGAAUGUGAGAGGCUGCUGACCUCCACAGCCUUCGAGGACUGCCAGGCCCGCGUGCCCGUGGAGCUGUACGUGCGCGCCUGCAUACACGACCGUUGCCAGUGUCCGGAGGGCGGUGCCUGCGAGUGCAGCACUCUUGCUGAGUUCUCCCGCCAGUGCUCCCACGCAGGCGGCAGACCUGAGAACUGGAGGACAGCCUCACUCUGCCCCAAGAAAUGCCCCGGUAACAUGGUGUACCUGGAGAGCAGCUCCCCCUGCGUCGACACUUGCUCACACCUGGAGGUCAGCAGCUUGUGUGAGGAGCAUUACAUGGACGGCUGUUUCUGUCCAGAAGGCACUGUGUAUGAUGACAUCACGGGCAGUGGUUGCAUCCCUGUGAGCCAGUGCCACUGCAAGCUGCACGGACACCUCUAUAUGCCAGGCCAGGAGAUUACCAAUGACUGUGAGGAGUGUGUCUGCAAUGCCGGUCGCUGGGUGUGUAAAGACCUGCCUUGCCCUGAGACCUGUGCCCUGGAAGGUGGCUCCCACAUUACCACCUUUGAUGGGAAAAAGUUUACCUUUCAUGGAGACUGCUACUAUGUCCUGACCAAGAGUGAUCACAAUGACUCCUAUGCCCUCCUGGGUGAGCUGGCGUCCUGUGGCUCUACGGACACGCAGACCUGCCUGAAGACCGUAGUGCUGUUAACAGACAACAAGAAGAACGUGGUGGCCUUCAAAUCAGGUGGCAGUGUGUUGCUCAAUGAGAUGGAGGUGACCCUGCCCCAUGUGGCAGCGAGCUUUUCCAUCUUCCAACCCUCUUCCUACCACAUUGUCGUGAACACGAUUUUCGGACUGCGGCUGCAGAUCCAGCUGGUACCAGUCAUGCAGCUUUUUGUGACUCUGGACCAGGCUGCCCAGGGACAGGUGCAGGGUCUCUGUGGGAACUUCAACGGCCUAGAGAGUGAUGACUUCAUGACGUCUGGUGGGAUGGUGGAGGCCACCGGUGCUGGCUUCGCCAAUACCUGGAAGGCCCAAUCAAGCUGCCAUGACAAACUGGAUUGGCUAGAUGACCCCUGCUCCCUCAACAUCGAGAGUGCCAACUACGCUGAGCACUGGUGUUCCCUGCUGAAGAGGUCAGAGACGCCCUUUGCCAGGUGCCACCUGGCUGUGGAUCCCACUGAAUACUACAAGAGGUGCAAAUAUGACACGUGCAACUGUCAGAACAACGAAGACUGCAUGUGUGCGGCGCUUUCUUCCUACGCCCGCGCCUGCGCAGCCAAGGGUGUCAUGCUGUGGGGCUGGCGGGAGAGUGUCUGCAACAAGGAUGUGAACUCUUGCCCCAGCUCACAGAUCUUCAUGUACAACCUGACCACUUGCCAGCAGACCUGCCGCUCACUCUCAGAAGGCGACGCCCACUGCCUCAAAGGAUUUGCCCCUGUGGAAGGCUGUGGUUGCCCAGACCACACCUUCAUGGAUGAGAAAGGCCGCUGUGUGCCCUUGGCUAAGUGUUCCUGCUACCACCAUGGUCUUUACCUGGAGGCAGGAGAUGUGAUUCUGAGGCAGGGGGAGCGUUGCAUUUGCCGGAACGGGAGGCUGCAAUGUACCCGGGUCAGACUGAUUGGCCAAACCUGUAAAUCCCCCAAAAUCCUUGUGGAUUGUAACAACUUAACUGCUCUGGCCGUCCGGAAACCCCGUGCCACUAGCUGCCAGACACUGGUGGCUGGCUAUUACCAUACAGAGUGUAUCAGCGGCUGUGUGUGUCCCGAUGGACAGCUGGAUGAUGGCCGUGGUGGCUGUGUGGAGGAGGACAAGUGUCCUUGCAUCCACAACAAACAGCUGUACUCUCCUGGGGAAGAGAUCAAACUGGACUGUAACAACACAUGUACUUGCCAGAAAGGACGCUGGGAGUGCACCCGGUAUGCAUGCCACAGCACCUGCUCUAUCUAUGGGAGUGGCCACUACAUCACCUUCGACGGGAAGCACUAUGACUUCGACGGACACUGCUCCUACGUGGCUGUCCAGGACUACUGUGGCCAGAACUCUACCGGUUCCUUCAGCAUCAUCACCGAGAAUGUCCCCUGCGGUACCACAGGUGUUACCUGCUCCAAGGCCAUAAAGAUCUUUAUUGGAGGGACAGAGCUGAAGUUGGUGGAUAAACACCGUGUGGUAAAGCAGUUGGAAGAGGGUCACCAUGUGCCCUAUAUCACCCGGGAAGUAGGCCAGUACCUGGUGGUAGAAGCCAGCUCCGGCAUCAUCGUUAUCUGGGACAAGAAGACCACCAUCUUCAUCAAGCUGGACCCCUCUUACAAGGGCACUGUAUGCGGUCUGUGUGGGAACUUUGAUGACCAAACCAAAAAUGACUUCACCACUCGGGACCACAUGGUGGUGACCAGUGAGCUGGACUUUGGGAAUAGCUGGAAGGAAGCUUCCACUUGUCCAGAUGUGAGCCACAACCCAGACCCCUGCAGCCUGAACCCACAUCGCCGCUCCUGGGCAGAGAAACAGUGCAGCAUCAUCAAGAGUGGCGUGUUCAAAGCGUGCCACAGCAAGGUGGACCCCACAGUCUUCUAUGAGGCCUGUGUGCAUGACUCCUGCUCCUGUGACACUGGUGGCGACUGUGAGUGUUUCUGCUCCGCCGUGGCCUCCUACGCCCAAGAGUGCACCAAGGCAGAGGCCUGUGUGUUCUGGAGGACGCCGGAUCUAUGCCCCAUAUUCUGUGACUACUACAACCCCCCAGAUGAGUGUGAAUGGCACUACGAACCAUGUGGGAACCGCAGCUUUGAGACCUGCAGGACCCUCAAUGGCAUCCACUCCAACAUCUCUGUGUCUUACCUGGAGGGUUGCUACCCUCGGUGCCCUGAGGACAGGCCCAUCUAUGACGAGGAUCGGAAGAAAUGUGUCACUGGGGACAAGUGUGGCUGCUAUAUUGAGGACACUCACUACCGACCUGGAGAACCUGUUCCCACUGAUAAGAUCUGCGAGUCUUGUAUAUGCACCAACACAUCAGAAAUCAUCUGCGGUCCAGAUGAAGGGAAGGUUCUUAACCAGACCCAGGAUGGUAUCUUCUGCUACUGGGAGAUCUGCGGACCCAAUGAAACAGUGGUGCAACACUUCAAUAUUUGUGGUUCCUCCACGCCAAUCCCAUCCACCCUGACAAGCUUCACCACAGUCUCCACCCCCAUCUCUACCACCCCCAUCUCCACCACCAUUACCACCACCACAGCCACUGCCACAACCACGGUCACCGUCUCUGCCACCACCACAGUCACGAUCCCCAAGCCAGUUUGCUGCUUUUGGUCUGACUGGAUCAACAACAAUCAUCCUACCAGUGGCACUGGCGGUGGUGAUCGAGAGACCUUUAAACAUGUCUGUAGUGCUCCUGAGGACAUUGAGUGCAGGGCAGCCAUAGAGCCCAAACUCAGCUGGAUAGAACUGGGCCAGAAGGUACAGUGUAAUGUCUCAGAGGGGCUCACUUGCAAAAAUGAGGACCAGUAUGGAAUUGGGGAAUUUGAACUUUGUUAUGAUUAUGAGAUACGAGUCAACUGUUGCCUUCCAAUGGAACACUGUCCUUCAACCAUCUCACCUACAACUUCAACAACAACUUUGUCUACCACUCCACCUACGUCUUCACCAACCACCUUACCUACAACUUCCCCACUGACUUCAUCUGCUACUUUACCAACAACCUCGCCUAUCACUUCAACAGUUUCCCCAACUACUUCAGUCAUCACUUCACCAACCAGCUUACCUACUACUACGUCAGUAAUUUCACCAACCACCUCACCAACCACUUCACCAAUAACCUCACCAACCACCCCAUCAACCACCUCACCAACCACCCCAUCAACCACCUCACCAACUACCCCAUCAACCACUUCAUCAACAACCUCAUCAACCACCUUAUCAACCACCUCACCAACCACACCAUCAACCACCUCACCAACCACCUCACCAACCACCCCAUCAACCACCUCACCAACCACCCCAUCAACCACUACAUCAACCACCUCACCAACCACCCCAUCAACCACUACAUCAACCACCUCACCAACCACCUCACCAACCACUCCAUCAACCACCUCACCAACCACCCCAUCAACCACCUCACCAACCACCCCAUCAACCACCUCACCAACCACCCCAUCAACCACCCCAUCAACCACCUCACCAACCACCUCACCAACCACACCAUCAACCACCUCACCAACCACCCCAUCAACCACUACAUCAACCACUUCACCAACCACCUCACCAACCACCCCAUCAACCACCUCACCAACCACCUCAUCAACCACCUCACCAACCACCCCAUCAACCACCUCACCAACCACCCCAUCAACCACCUCACCAACCACCUCACCAACAACCUCGCCAACCACCCCAUCAACCACCUCACCAACCACCCCAUCAACCACUCCACCAACCACCACACCAAACACCUCAUCAACCACUCCAUCAACCACCUCACCAACCACCUCAUCAACCACCUCAUCAACCACCCCAUCAAUCACCCCACCAACCACCUCACCAACCACCCCACCAACCACCUCACCAACCACCCCAUCAACCACCUCACCAACCACCCCAUCAACCACCUCACCAACCACCCCAUCAACCACCUCACCAACCACCCCAUCAACCACCCCAUCAACCACCUCACCAACAACCUCACCAACCACCCCAUCAACCACCUCACCAACCACCCCAUCAACCACUCCACCAACCACCACACCAAACACCUCAUCAACCACUCCAUCAACCACCUCACCAACCACCUCAUCAACCACCUCACCAACCACCCCAUCAAUCACCCCACCAACCACCUCACCAAUCACCCCACCAACCACCCCAUCAACCACCCCAUCAACCACCUCACCAACCACCCCAUCAACCACUUCAUCAACCACCUCAUCAACCACUCCAUCAACCACCUCACCAACCACCCCAUCAACCACCUCACCAACCACCCCAUCAACCACCCCAUCAACCACCUCACCAACCACCCCAUCAACCACCUCACCAACCACCUCACCAGCUACCCCAUCAACUACCCCACCAACCACCUCACCAACCACCCCAUCAACCACCUCACCAACCACCCCAUCAACCACCUCACCAACCACUCCAUCAACCACCUCACCAACUACCCCAUCAACCACCUCACCAACCACCUCAUCUACUGCUACAAAGACGACUUCAGUUACCACUUCACAAACGUCUUCAUCAGCUACCUCUCCUAACAGUUCACCAACCUCCUCAGCAACAACUUCACCAACCCCUUCAUCAGGAACCUCAACUGCCACUUCACCAAGCACAUCACUUCCCACGUCAUCAACCUUCAUUACCCCAUCCCACCCUACAUGCAUUGAAGAAUGCAAGUGGACCGGCUGGCUGGAUUCUGGAAAACCCACCUAUGAUAGAGGAAGUGGAGAUUUUGAACUGAUUGAAGGUGUCUGUAGUAGACCACACUGGAGAGCAGAAAACAUCUCCUGCAGAGCUGUGAUGUAUUCCAACAUUCCACUUAAUCAGCUUGGACAAACAGUGGUUUGUAAUAAAGAAGUUGGGUUAGUGUGCAAAAAUGAAGAUCAGAAAAUAGGAGGGAUGAUCCCAAUGCCCAUGUGUCUCAACUAUGAGAUCAAUGUUUACUGCUGUGGUUUACCUCCAAUAUGUGCUACUUCAACAUCAUCUACCACCACAGAGACCUCAACUACAACACCAACAACAAAGACCUCCAUUUCAACAUCUACUACCACGCAGACACCAAGCCCAUCUCCUACAACUACAAUGACUCCAACUCCCGCACCAACCACCACACAGAUUCCAACUUCAACAUCUACGACCACCCAGACUACAACCUCGACACCCAUCACGGAGACCUCCACUCCUAUAUCUACUAUCAGCCAGACACCAAGCCCAGCCUCUACUAUCACAGUGACUCCAGCCACAACUUAUACUACUACAGAAACUUCAACUUCAAUUUCUACUACCACACAGACUAAAUCUCCAACACCGACAGUAACAGAGACAUCUACUCCUAGAUCUACCACUACUCAGACACCAAGCCCAGUUCCUAACACUACAAUGACUCAAACUCCAACACCAACAAUUGGAGAGACCACAACCCCAACAUCUACAGUAACAGAAACUUUCACUCCCAGAUCUACUACUACCCAGACAUCCAUCCCAGCCUCCACCACAGUGAUUCCAACACCAACACCAACCACUACAGAGACCUCAACAUCUACUACCACACAGACUACAACCAUAACAGAGACCUCCACUCCUGUAUCUUCCACUACCCAGACACCAAGACCAUCUUUUACCACCUCAACAACCACAACACAAACCCCAACUCCUACUACCACAGGGCCCUCAACUGCAACAUCUACUACCACACAGACCACAACCCCAAUACCCAUCACAGAGACCUCCAUUCCUACAUCUACCAUCACCGAGACAUCUAGCCCAGCACCAACCACAGAGACUACCACACAGACCACAACCUCAACAUCUACAGUAACAGAGACACCUACUCCUAGUUCCACUACUACCCAGACACCAAGCCCAUCUCCCACAACUACAGUGACUCCAACUCCAGCACCAACCACUACAGAGACCUCAACCUCAACAUCUACUACUACACAGACCACAUCCCCAACACCCAUCACAGAGACAAUCUCCACUCCUACAUCUACUACUACCCAGACACCACGUCCAACCCCUACAACCACAGUGAUUCCAACCUCAACACCCAGCACUACAGGGCCCUCAAGCUCAACAUCUCCUACCACACAGACCACAACCCCAAUACCCAUCACAGAGACCUCCACUCCUACAUCUACCAUCACUGAGACAUCUAGCCCAGCACCAAUCACAGAGACUACCACACAGACCACAACCUCAACAUCUACAGUAACAGAGACACCUACUCCUAGUUCCACUACUACCCAGACACCAAGCCCAUCUCCCACAACUACAGUGACUCCAACUCCAGCACCAACCACUACAGAGACCUCAACCUCAACAUCUACUACCACACAGACCACAUCCCCAACACCCAUCACAGAGACAAUCUCCACUCCUACAUCUACUACUACCCAGACACCACGUCCAACCCCUACAACCACAGUGAUUCCAACCUCAACACCCAGCACUACAGGGCCCUCAAGCUCAACAUCUCCUACCACACAGACAACAACCCCAAUACCCAUUACAGAGACCUCCAUUCCUACAUCUACCAUCACCGAGACAUCUAGCCCAGCACCAACCACAGAGACUACCACACAGACCACAACCUCAACAUCUACAGUAACAGAGACACCUACUCCUAGUUCCACUACUACCCAGACACCAAGCCCAUCUCCCACAACUACAGUGACUCCAACUCCAUCUCCAACCACUACAGAGACCUCAACCUCAACAUCUACUACCACACAGACCACAUCCCCAACACCCAUCACAGAGACAAUCUCCACUCCUACAUCUACUACUACCCAGACACCACGUCCAAACCCUACAACCACAGUGAUUCCAACCUCAACACCCAGCACUACAGGGCCCUCAAGCUCAACAUCUCCUACCACACAGACCACAACCCCAAUACCCAUUACAGAGACCUCCAUUCCUACAUCUACCAUCACCGAGACAUCUAGCCCAGCACCAACUACAGAGACUACCACACAGACCACAACCUCAACAUCUACAGUAACAGAGACACCUACUCCUAGUUCCACUACUACCCAGACACCAAGCCCAUCUCCCACAACUACAGUGACUCCAACUCCAGCGACUCCAACUCCAGCACCAACCACUACAGAGACCUCAACCUCAACAUCUACUACCACACAGACCACAUCCCCAACACCCAUCACAGAGACAAUCUCCACUCCUACAUCUACUACUACCCAGACACCAAGUCCAACCCCUACAACCACAGUGAUUCCAACCUCAACACCUAGCACUACAGGGCCCUCAAGCUCAACAUCUCCUACCACACAGACCACAACCCCAAUACCCAUUACAGAGACCUCCAUUCCUACAUCUACCAUCACCGAGACAUCUAGCCCAGCACCAACCACAGAGACUACCACACAGACCACAACCUCAACAUCUACAGUAACAGAGACACCUACUCCUAGUUCCACUACUACCCAGACACCCAGCCCAUCUCCCACAACUACAGUGACUCCAACUCCAGCACCAACCACUACAGAGACCUCAACCUCAACAUCUACUACCACACAGACCACAUCCCCAACACCCAUCACAGAGACAAUCUCCACUCCUACAUCUACUACUACCCAGACACCACGUCCAACCCCUACAACCACAGUGAUUCCAACCUCAACACCCAGCACUACAGGGCCCUCAAGCUCAACAUCUCCUACCACACAGACCACAACCCCAAUACCCAUUACAGAGACCUCCAUUCCUACAUCUACCAUCACCGAGACAUCUAGCCCAGCACCAACCACAGAGACUACCACACAGACCACAACCUCAACAUCUACAGUAACAGAGACACCUACUCCUAGUUCCACUACUACCCAGACACCAAGCCCAUCUCCCACAACUACAGUGACUCCAACUCCAGCACCAACCACUACAGAGACCUCAACCUCAACAUCUACUACCACACAGACCACAUCCCCAACACCCAUCACAGAGACAAUCUCCACUCCUACAUCUACUACUACCGAGACACCACGUCCAACCCCUACAACCACAGUGAUUCCAACCUCAACACCCAGCACUACAGGGCCCUCAAGCUCAACAUCUCCUACUACACAGACCACAACCCCAAUACCCAUUACAGAGACCUCCAUUCCUACAUCUACCAUCACCGAGACAUCUAGCCCAGCACCAACCACAGAGACUACCACACAGACCACAACCUCAACAUCUACAGUAACAGAGACACCUACUCCUAGUUCCACUACUACCCAGACACCAAGCCCAUCUCCCACAACUACAAUGACUCCAACUCCAGCACCAACCACGACAGAGACCUCAACCUCAACAUCUACUACCACACAGACCACAUCCCCAACACCCAUCACAGAGACAAUCUCCACUCCUACAUCUACUACUACCCAGACACCAAGUCCAACCCCUACAACCACAGUGAUUCUAACCUCAACACCCAACACUACAGGGCCCUCAAGCUCAACAUCUCCUACCACACAGACCACAACCCCAAUACCCAUCACAGAGACCUCCACUCCUACAUCUACCAUCACCGAGACAUCUAGCCCAGCACCAACCACAGAGACUACCACACAGACCACAACCUCAACAUCUACAGUAACAGAGACACCUACUCCUAGUUCCACUACUACCCAGACACCAAGCCCAUCUCCCACAAGUACAGUGACUCCAACUCCAUCUCCAACCACUAUAGAGACCUCAACCUCAACAUCUACUACCACACAGACCACAUCCCCAACACCCAUCACAGAGACAAUCUCCACUCCUACAUCUACUACUACCCAGACACCAAGUCCAACCCCUACAACCACAGUGAUUCCAACCUCAACACACAGCACUACAGGGCCAUCAAGCUCAACCUCUCCUACUACACAGACCACAACCCCCAUACCUACUGGCACAGAGACCUUCACUCCCAGAUCUACCACUACCCUGACACCAAGUUCAUCUCCCACCACUUCAGGGACCCCAACCCCAACACCUAUCACCACACAUACCUCAACUUUAACAUCUACAACAGAGGCCACUACCCCAACACACAUCAUAGAGACUUCUACUUCUACAUCUACUACCACCCACCCUCCAAGUCCUUCCCCCACCACCACAGUGACUCCAGCUACAACACUGACCACCACAGUGAGCAUAACAUCCACACCUACUCCUUCAGAGACACCAAUCCCAACCUCUACUACCACAGAGAUCUCUACCCCAACCUCUCCUGUUACUACUACCACUGUCAUAGGUUACCCAACCCCAACCCCCACCACCACAAUCAAAGAAACCCCUACCCCUACAAACACAGUACCUACUACAGGAUCAACUUCUUCCAAACCUCCAACUGAAUCCUCGAUGCCUGUGACCUCUCAGUCCACUCCUUCCCCACCCACGGAGUCCACCACCCCACACGGUGGCAUCCCUGUAACCACCACUGCAACAUCUAGCACAGCAUCAUCCCCUGGAACAACAUCACCAUUCGUCACUUCAUCAGUGGGCAGCAUUCCCUCUUCACCUCCAGGUUCAACACCAGGACCUACCACAUCUUCAGGCAUGCCCACCUCUUCAACGACCACAACAGGGCCAACUUCACCUACCACAAGACCACCCUCCACAUCCACCCCUACAUCCCCCACUGUGCCAACGGAAACCACCACAAGGCUCUUGUCGACCACACCAACUACUUUGAAGACCACCAGGACCUCGUCUUGGGGGACAGUCCCUUCAGUCUCACCAAUCACUUCUCCCAGCACUGUCUGGACCCACACUGCAACCGUAGUUACCUGCUGUGUUGUGAAUGAGACAACAUUCUAUAGCCCAGGUGAAGUGGUCUACAAUAAUACCUAUGGGGACACCUGUUAUUUUGUAAACUGCUCUGUGGACUGCCAACUCCAGGUCUUCAACUGGUCCUGUCCAUCUACUCCCUCAACUCCUACACCUUCAACACCCUCAACCUCCCAGACGGCCACACCCUCUACACCAUCUACCACAUCUUCGAAGUCUACACCCUCUACGCCCCAAUCCACAACGACCAAGUCAACAAUCAGCACACCAACCAAAAACACCACCUCUGGGUGCACUUUAGAUCCUCCCAGACAGGUGAAUGAGACCUGGUGGCUGUGUAACUGUACCAUGGCUAUUUGCAAGUAUGAUAACGUGGUGGAGAUUGUGGAGCUGGAGUGUAACCCCCCACCCAUGCCCACCUGUUCCAAUGGCCUCAAACCUGUGCGUGUCCCUGACCCUGAUGGCUGCUGCUGGCACUGGGAAUGCGACUGCUACUGCACUGGCUGGGGGGACCCACACUUUGUCACCUUCGAUGGUCUCUACUACAGUUACCAGGGUAACUGUACCUAUGUGCUGGUGGAGGAGAUUAACCCCACAGUGGACAACUUUGGGAUCUACAUUGACAACUACCACUGUGAUGACAAUGACAAGGUGUCCUGCCCCCGCACGCUUAUUGUGCGCCAUGAGACCCAGGAAGUGCAGAUCAAGACCGUGCACAUGAUGCCCAUGGAAGUGCAGGUACAGGUGAACAAGCAGUUAGUGGCUUUGCCUUACAAGAAGUAUGGGCUGGAGGUCCGUGAAUCUGGCAUCAACUUUGUGGUGGACAUCCCCAGGCUGGGUGCCCAGGUCUCCUACAAUGGCCUAUCUUUCUCCAUCCGGCUGCCCUACCACCUGUUUGGCAACAACACAAAGGGCCAGUGUGGCACCUGCACCAACAAUACUGCAGAUGACUGUAUCCUGCCCAGUGGGGAGAUCAUCUCUGACUGUGAAAUUGCUGCUGAUGAGUGGUUGGUGAAUGACCCCUCCAAGCCACUCUGUCCCCACAAAGGCCUCACCACCAAGCGCCCGGCUGUCACCACACCAGGACUUUCGCUUAAUAACUGCACUGUAUCUCCCAUCUGCCAUCUCAUCAUGGACAGCCUGUUCUCCCAAUGCCACCCCUUCGUGCCUCCCAAGCACUACUAUGAAGCUUGCCUGUUUGAUAGCUGCUUUGUGGCUGGCUCCAGUAUGGAGUGUGCCAGUGUACAGGCCUAUGCUGCCCUCUGUGCUGAGGAAGGUGUCUGCAUUGACUGGCGGAACCAUGCCCAGGGGGCCUGCUCUGUGACGUGUCCAUCUCACAGGCGGUAUCAGGCCUGUGGCCCUGCAGAAGAACCCACCUGCCAGUCCAGCUCCUCUCAGAAUUCCACGCUCUUGGUGGAAGGCUGCUUCUGUCCUGAAGGCACUACAAAGUUUGCCCCUGGCUAUGACGUCUGUGUGAAGACAUGUGGAUGUGUGGGACCUGACAAUGUGCCCAGGGAGUUUGGAGAGCGCUUUGAGUUUGACUGCAAGGACUGUGUUUGCCUGGAGGGUGGAAGUGGCAUUAUCUGCGAAUCAAAGAAAUGUACUGGAGACACCUUGACCACAUGUGAAGAGGAUGGCACCUACCUUGUUGUGGAGGCCAACCCAGAUGACAAGUGCUGCAACAUCACCUCAUGUAAGUGUGACACCAAACGAUGCAAAGCUGAACGCCCCUCGUGUUUGCUGGGAUUCGAAGCGAAGAGCGAGAAUGUGCCUGGGAGAUGCUGUCCAGUUUACUCCUGUGUGCCCAAGGGUGUGUGUGUGCACCAGAAUGCUGAAUACCAGCCUGGAUCUCCAGUGUAUUCCAACAAGUGCCAGGACUGUGUAUGUACCAACACCGUGGACAACAGCACCCAGCUCAACCUCAUCUCCUGCACCCAUGUGCCCUGCAACAUCUCCUGCAGCGCUGGCUUUGAGCUUGCAGAGGUUCCUGGGGAAUGUUGCAAGAAGUGCCAGCAGACCCAUUGCAUCAUCGAGAAGACCAAGGAUCAGUACCUCAUUCUGAAGCCUGGGGAGAUAGAGGGAAAUCCUGAUGACAAAUGCACCUUCUUCAGCUGCAUGAAAAUCAACAACCAGCUCAUCUCCUCGGUCUCCAAUAUCACCUGCCCUGACUUCAACCCAAGUGAUUGUGUUCCGGGCUCCAUCACAUACAGGCCUAAUGGCUGCUGUAAGACCUGCAUCCCUUUACAAAACCAGACCAGAAUCCCUUGCUCUGCCAUCCCCGUCAUGAAGGAGGUUUCUCACAAUGGCUGCACCAAGAAUGUCUCCAUGAACUACUGUUCUGGGUCCUGUGGGACUUUUGCCAUGUACUCUUCCCAGGUCCAGGAUCUGGAUCACAGGUGCUCUUGCUGUAAGGAGGAAAGGACAAGUGUCCGAGAGGUGACUCUGGAAUGCCCAGAUGGCACGGAGCUGAGCCACACCUACACACACAUCGAGAGCUGUCUGUGCCAGGACACCCUCUGUGAGCUCCCACAGGCCCAGCAGGUCCGCACCAGGCGUUCUAGUCCCCGGCUUCUAGGAAGAAAGUGAACGGAUUGUGCCGGGCACAUCGCUUCCCAUCUUGAACCAUCCUGCUGACCCUCUGAGCUUCCCCACUUCUAGCUUGGCCUCUUCUCUGCACAUAUUUAUUUUCAGACUUUCUGUUCCAUUCUUUGCUUUCCAA